UAACGGAGAAGAAGAAGAAAAUGUGUAUUGUGUAUGAACUAUGAGUUCUAGAGUUAUCUUUACAAGCCUCCUAUAAGGAGUAUAUAUAGGGAAAAUCCGGGUCUGGGCCUCUAAUACGGGCCUGACAGACCCGGUUACAUAAAUGGACUGAUAGUAUAAAAAGCUAAUCUAGAACAUUUGAAUAAUACUCCGUAAUGUACAAUAAUACGAAUCCGCUAAACGUGUGUGAGCCGCUGUCCAGGCCCAGUAGUCGGCAGACCGGGGGGUCGGAGUCCAUAUACACCAUCAGGAGUCCCCCACUCCCUGAGUCGAGAGUACUCGAGGCGAAAGGGAGUAGUCCAAACUGUAUCUGCAACGUUCUUCUGUCUUCGGUUUCUUCCUCUUCAGCUGGGGGACCACCACCCUUGUCAAUGAUGGGGAGGUGCCUCGUUAAAAACCUUUACUAGGAAAAAACCCAGUGGGAAAAAAUCCUAAUAAAGGGAAAAAGAGUACACCUAGCGCCCCCAACAUAAAACAAGGAAGGUAGGCCCCCUCCGGCAUAAUCACUUUUGUCUAGCUCAAUCUGUCUUCAUCUGGCUCAUCUCUUGUUCCUGCUCAUGUGUGAUAUUUUCUCCUCAUUUAGAAACUCUGACCCCUCAGUCCCCAAGUCCCCACUCUUUGAGGCGAGUGGAGACGAGGUGAAAAUAAGUAAGGUCAUCUCUGUACCUACACAUUUAACAUACAUAUAAAUUUUUUCUUGGGAUUUAUGUUUCCGAUCGGGAGUUCAUCACUUGAAACAAGUGGAGAUGUGAAUUGUUAAUGUAAUGAUAAAAUACUUAGUAGAAUGGAUGUGUGAGUCAUUCAUAAGCAACGGUCGCCACUCGAGGAAUGACUAAGACCGGUCUGCGUGCCCGACUUGGUUGGGGCUUUGUCUUCGUGCCCGACUUGGUCGGGGCUUUGUGCCUGAGACUGAGAGUCAGGGCUUUAAAUCCUAGUGAUGGGUCUCAAGCCACACUCUACUAGGCAUUUGAUCAUAAGUGCGUGAUAGUGUGACAUUCAUCCGACAAAAUAAAUCAUUUAAAUAAAUAUAAAUAAUAAGAUAAUUAAAGAGUACUUAUCUUUUUUGGAGUGGGCUGAAAUAAUGGACAGUGUGGGGCCUGUGGGAUGAUGAAGAAAUUGGGCCUGAUCCUUUAGUGAACUGCUCCGCCUAAUAAUUUUGGCCAGGUCUACGAAAUGCUCCAAUUAGCUGGCAAGCGACCAAGAGGACAACCUGUCACCUUACUCUCUUGCCUCUGCAGGCGGUGACAAAUCAGUUCCGGAAAGACAGUUCAUCAAGGACCAGUGGGGCACUGUGUCUGUCCCUGGUUGCGUAGGAGUCCACGAAGCUCCAGCACAACUGUCAACAGCCAUUAAUGGCGGGCCUCUAGUCCUACGGGUCGCAAUUUUACACAAAUCCAGGUCAUAGACUCGCAGGUUGAGGAGACAAAUGCGUGAGAGAGCAUUGCUGCCUGUUGCUUUGAGAUUUGAGAACCUGGUAAUGGCACUGAAAAUUCUAUGGAAGGGUCAAGGGGUCUCAGAGCAUAAAGGGGCGUUGAAGGUAGUGGUCAAGAAGACCGGCUCGAGGGACGAGCUGUGAGCAGCGGUUCUGCUUUGCAGGUGACGGAGCUGGCUGCCGACGGAGUUCCGGCGAGAUCUUCAACGAGCUAGGCGAGACGACUGUUCUCGACAGUUGGGUGAUGAUAUCUCCGGCUGGGAGUGUAUGGCCGUAUGGUCUAGUUGCUCAACCAGAAGUCCAAACCUGAAAUUCCAAACCCGUUUUUGUUCUCUCUGAACUUUUUAGAAUUGGAUGGCGACCGGAAUUCUGGCGAAGGGACCGUGAGCUCGGCAGCGCUGGAACGGAGCUAGCAGAAGCCUGGAUGUGAGGUGGCCGAGCUAGCCGGGAGGGAAUACUUGAUGGCCUUCUCUGUGUGCCUAUUGUUGGAAUUUCACUCCCAGUUGCAAGGUAAUGGCUCCUAGUUUAGAAUUAAUUAAUGUUUUUUUUUUUUAAUCAUUAUUUUUCUGUUGCACCCAAGCCUAUUUGUGUGGGACUGUUGGGCAGAUUUUAUCUCUUCCAAACUUGAUUAUUUACAAAACUUAUCUGAUUUUGAAUCAGUCCCAGCAGUUAUCUAUUCCAAUUCCCACUUCCUUAUUUUUAGGCUUUCUUCUCUCUGAGUUUAGUAAAGCACGAUUGAGUUUUCUGGCUAUAAAAGGAAGGCAUCUUGAUGAAUUCAUACACAGAAAAAGGAUCCCUAUCCUUGCUUUCUAAAAUAUUCUUUGAUCUUCAAAAAGGUUUCCAGGCAAUUGUAGUGUGUGAGUUCCAAGUCUUUUCAGACGAGUGCACGUCUGCGAAGGCUGGUUGCGUUAACCUUGGGGAGCGAACCGCAACAGUCGAUUGCACCCCGGUCGUGCCGGAUUUCGCUUUCAAGGCAGUGGCUCUUCUUACCACGGCGCAAUUUCUUAUAAUCUUCCGAUAAGUAUUUCUUGUUCAGUUUACUUUCAGUCAUUCAUUUUUCUUACAAUUUGAAAGCGAAAGGCAUAUUACUGUAGUAAACUGAAAAAUGGCGUUUCCUCAAUCAAAAAUUGUUUUUGAUAUGUCUAAGAUGGAUCAACUUGAUGGUACUAACUAUAAAAGGUGGUCUCAGAAGCUUUUAAUCUUUUUUGAGCAAUUGGAGGUCGAUUAUGUUUUGUUCUCUGAACCCCCUGUGGAGACUCCAAGAAGCCCAAAAACCCCUGCAUCUGGCGUGGUUACACCUGCAGGUGAUCUGUCCGGAAAGAGUGAAUCUGCUGAGAACAAGCUGAAGUUUGAAAAGGACAAUCGAACGGUCAGGGGGCAUAUUCUUCACCACAUGACCAACUCGUUGUUUGAUCUUUUCAUUGGUUACAAAUCUGCUAAGGAGAUCUGGGACAUGCUGGAGAAGAGGUAUGGUGGUGAUGAUGCUGGAAAGAAGAAGUACAUAGUGGGAAACUGGCUUGAUUUUCAGCUUGAUGAUCAUAAACCAAUUAUGGAGCAAGUCCACAAAUACGAGAAUCUGGUGGCUGACAUCUUGAGCGAAGGAAUGAAAAUGUGUGAAGUGCUGCAAGCCAAUGUACUGCUGGAAAAAUUUCCCAAGUCCUGGAGCGACUAUCGUGCAAAACUUAAACACAAGAAGAAGGAUAUGUCUCUCCAGGAGCUUAUCAGCCACAUACGGACUGAAGAGGCUAAUCGUCUCAAAGAUAAGGCUUCUACUUUAUCUAGUAUUUCUGUUAAAGCUAAUCUUGUUGAACCUUCUGGUGCUCAAAAGAACAGGUACACGCAUAACAACAAGAAGGAAUCACAUCAGAAAAGGUUUCCUACAAAUAAGGGAGCUGGGCAGAUUCACAAAGCCAAGGCUUUGUGCUAUGUUUGCGGUAAACCUGGUCAUAAGGCGUACAAAUGCAAAAAUCGAAAAGGCCCACAGAACGGGAAUAACAAACAUGCUGAUACGCCCACUCCUCAAGUCAACCUUGCUGAAAACGAUGACAUUAUCGCUGCGGUGGUUGUUGAGGCAAAUCUGGUGGAGGAUAAAGUCACCUGGAUACUGGAUACUGGAGCUUCCCGACACUUCUGCUCAAACAAGGAGCUGUUUCACCAAUUCGAAGAUGCUGAAGAUGGAGAGCAUGUCUACAUGGGAAACUCCGCAACUGCUGGAGUUUUGGGUAAAGGGAAGGUUCUACUUAAACUUACCUCUGGAAAAACCUUAGCAUUGAGUGAUGUCCUGUAUGUCCCCUCCCUUCGUAGAAAUCUGAUUUCUGGUGCUUUGUUAAAUCGGGUGGGUUUAAAAAUUGUGCUUGAGUCUAAUAAGGUUGUAAUCACCAAAAAUGGGGACUUUGUGGGAAAGGGGGUACCUAGCUGACGGUCUCUUUGUUCUUAGCACGGUUUCAGAUAAUGCAAAAUCAUCACCCUCUUUUGCUUACAUGGCUGAAUCUGUGAAUGUGUGGCAUGGUAGGCUUGGUCAUGUUAACUUUGGGUCAUUGAAAAAACUCAGAAACAUGCACCUGAUAAAUGUGAAUGAUACAACCGAGCACUCUAAAUGUCAAAUAUGUGUUGAGGCCAAACAUGCUAGAAAACCUUUUAAAGAAAUCACAACUAGACAAACAGAGUUGCUGGAAUUAAUCCACUCUGAUCUGGCAGACUUUAAGAACACAGAAAGUAGAGGAGGCAAAAGAUACUAUAUGACUUUCAUCGAUGACUUUUCGAGAUAUGCCAAAGUUUAUCUUUUAAGGUCUAAAGAUGAGGCUGGAGAAAUGUUUAUGAAAUAUAAAGCAGAGGUUGAGAAUCAGUUAGAUAGAAAAAUCAAAAGACUUCGCUCUGACAGGGGAGGUGAAUAUAACACUAAUUUCCUUAAAGAAUUUUGUGAAAAACAUGGUAUAAUACAUGAGAGUAGUGCCCCUUAUACCCCCCAACAGAAUGGUGUAGCCGAGAGGAAAAAUCGUACUCUAAAGGAUAUGAUGAAUUCUAUGUUAUUAAGUGCUGGUUUGUCUGAUAAUUUGUGGGGUGAAGCUGUACUUUCUGCAUGUUAUAUUCUGAAUAAAGUACCUCAUAAAAGGAUUGAAAAAACCCCCUAUGAAUUGUGGAAAGGGUAUUCCCCUAAUCUUAAUCACUUAAGAGUGUGGGGGUGUAUUGCUAAGGUUGGCUUCCCUGAUUUUAAAAGAACAAACAUUGGGCCUAAAACUUUUGAUUGUGUGUUUAUUGGUUAUGCUCAAGGUAGUGCUGCAUAUAGGUUUGUGUCGUUAAAUGAUAGAACUAUAUGUGAAUCCCGUGAUGCUGAAUUUUUUGAGCAUAUCUUUCCAUUGAAGAAGCAUGUUGAUAGAAAUGAUUGUGAUUCAUCUGUUGUGAAUAAUCUGCAUAAUAUUCAUGCUAGUUCUGUGCCUGUGCUACCUGUGUGUUCCCUGGAUACACCAAAACAUGUGACUGGGACUAGGAAAGGUAAAAGAAAAAGGAGAGAAACUAGUUUUGGACCGGAUUUCUUAACUACCUACCUGGUUGAACACUCUGAUCAAAUUGAUGAGAGUUUUGUUUCGGUUUUCCUUUUAGAACAAGACCCUAAAACGUACAGUGAGGCAGUAACUUCCAUAGAUGCUAGCUUUUGGAAAGAAGCCAUUAGAAGUGAACUUGACUCAAUUAUGUGCAAUCAUACAUGGGAUCUAGUUGAUUUGCCUGAGGGAUGUAAACCUAUAAACUGUAAGUGGAUAUUUAAGAGGAAACUGAGACCUAACGGAACUAUUGAAAAGUUCAAAGCUAGGUUAGUUGUAGUUGGUUACACCCAAAAGAAAGGCAUUGAUUAUUUCGAUACUUAUUCUCCUGUAACUAAAAUUGCAACCAUCAGAUCUCUUGUUGCCCUAGCAGCUAUUAAUGACCUUGUUGUACAUCAAAUGGAUGUUAAAACAGCUUUUCUGAAUGGUGACUUAGAAGAAGAAAUAUAUAUGAGACAACCCGAGGGUUAUGUAGUGCCUGGACAGGAGAAUAAAGUGUGUAAAUUAAAGAGGUCCCUAUAUGGAUUAAAACAAGCACCCAAGCAGUGGUAUGAAAAAUUUAAUAAUACUGUGGUAGGGAAUGGGUUUACAGUGAAUGCAUCUGAUUCAUGUGUUUAUUCAAAAAUGUUUGGACCACAUUGUGUGAUAAUUUGUCUUUACGUUGAUGAUAUGCUUAUAUUUGGUACGAAUGAGGAUGUAGUAACUAAAACCAAACAUUUCUUGUCCUCUCAUUUUGAAAUGAAAGACCUGGGAAAGGCUGAUUUAAUUCUUGGUGUUAAGUUAACCAGGACUGAGAAUGGCUUUUCCAUGUGUCAGUCUCAUUAUAUUGAGAAGUUGCUGAAAAAAUUUAACUAUUUUGAUGUAACACCUGUGAGAACUCCCUAUGAUCCUAGCACUUCAUUGAAAAAGAAUGAAGGUUCUAGUAUCUCACAAGAAGAAUAUGCUAAAAUAUUAGGAAGUGUUAUGUUUCUCAUGAACUACACUAGACCUGACAUAGCAUAUGCAGUUAGUAGACUGAGUCGUUAUACUCAUAAUCCAAGCUAUGAACACUGGAAUGCUCUUCAUAGAUUACUCAAGUACUUGAAAGGGGCUGUCUCAUGGAAGUCUGCUAAACAAACAUGUAUAGCUCGUUCUACCAUGGAGGCUGAAUUCAUUGCCCUGGAGUUAGCAGGGCAAGAGGCAGAAUGGUUGCGGAAUCUGUUAGCCGACAUUCCGCUGUGGGGAAAUAAGUGUGUUCCUGUUCCACUACACUGUGACUCACAAGCUGCCAUCAGUGUUGCGGUGAGCAGUGUCUACAAUGGGAAAAGAAGACAUAUUCGCAUCAGACAUGCUUCUCUUAAGCUACUAAUUAAAAACAGCGUCAUUUCCUUGGAUUAUGUGAAAUCGGAAAGGAAUUUGGCAGAUCCUCUAACUAAAGGACUUGCUAGGAAGCUUGUUCUUGAAUCGUCAAAGGGGAUGGGGCUGAUGUUCAUGGACUGAAGCUAUGCAGUGGAUACUUUUGUGAUGAAAUAUAGCUACAUAGUCCUUCCUUGCACUCCUAUUUGUUUGAUGGCGUGUGAUAGUAUUUGUGUGGAAGGUGAGAUUUAAAACUAUUUAAUUAUUUAAUAAUUAUGUGGAUUCUUGAACGGUCCUAACGAGAAGGUCGUACUAGAUUCACAGCCUGCUUUGGAUUCAUAGCCCGUUUAGGGUGGUCCUUGUGAGACGGACUUGAUGAAUACCAUAUUGUGGAGGCUGGACUUGUUGGUCCUUAAUGGUUUCAUAUCCCAUUCUUGGGAGGUCUAUGUUUAGAUAGACUUGAUGAACCACCUACGUGAGUGUGAAGGUGGGCCGCCUUCUAUGAAAGACAUGGGCAGUCUUUUUAGAGCUCUCACUAGACCCGAGGUUUGACGUAUGGCCAUAUAAUAGGCGAUUUGUGAGAAUAUCGCGGAACUUAUAGACAAUAAGGGUAUGAUAUGUGCAGUGGGGGUCUAACACCAGUCUGAUCAGUUCAAGAGUCAUUCACUGCUCAAACUGUGUGAUUACUUCAUUGCGCUACGUGUCAAUUCAAUCGAAAGAUAUUGGCGCUUAAGUAUACAACCCUUCCUUUGCCUGGAACAUUGUUCUUAACUAGUAAGCCAUUAGUGGGGGAUUGUUGGAAUUUCACUCCCAGUUGCAAGGUAAUGGCUCCUAGUUUAGAAUUAAUUAAUGUUUUUUUUAAUCAUUAUUUUUCUGUUGCACCCAAGCCUAUUUGUGUGGGACUGUUGGGCAGAUUUUAUCUCUUCCAAACUUGAUUAUUUACAAAACUUAUCUGAUUUUGAAUCAGUCCCAGCAGUUAUCUAUUCCAAUUCCCACUUCCUUAUUUUUAGGCUUUCUUCUCUCUGAGUUUAGUAAAGCACGAUUGAGUUUUCUGGCUAUAAAAGGAAGGCAUCUUGAUGAAUUCAUACACAGAAAAAGGAUCCCUAUCCUUGCUUUCUAAAAUAUUCUUUGAUCUUCAAAAAGGUUUCCAGGCAAUUGUAGUGUGUGAGUUCCAAGUCUUUUCAGACGAGUGCACGUCUGCGAAGGCUGGUUGCGUUAACCUUGGGGAGCGAACCGCAACAGUCGAUUGCACCCCGGUCGUGCCGGAUUUCGCUUUCAAGGCAGUGGCUCUUCUUACCACGGCGCAAUUUCUUAUAAUCUUCCGAUAAGUAUUUCUUGUUCAGUUUACUUUCAGUCAUUCAUUUUUCUUACACCUAUCUCUCCACUGCAGGCGGGAUCUGGGUUAGCUCAAAUCUGGACGGAAAACCUCCGGCAACCGCAAUGUUGAACUAGCGGCAUCCACAGGAGGGGUCUGGAUUUUCCAGAUUCCUUCAUUAUUUUCGGAUUUUCCAGAAUAGUUUCUUGCAUUUCGACAAAGAUCUUGACUGAUUUUUUGUGACUGCGAAGAAUUUUUGGUUAAUUUGGGAGGGUUUCUUACUUGAUUGUGUUCAAACUCUCAACGAGAGCACCAUUGUUGGAUAUAUUAUACCCAUAUCCUAUAACUAAGCGAGAUUGAACAAGAAUAAAAAAGAGUAACGGAUAAGAAGAAGAAAAUGUGUAUUGUGUAUGAACUAUGAGUUAUAGAGUUAUCUUUACAAGCCUCCUAUAAGGAGUAUAUAUAGGGAAAAUCUGGGUCUGGGUCUCUAAUACGGGCAUGACAGACCCGGUUACAUAAAUGGACUGAUAGUAUAAAAAGCUAAUCUAGAACAUUUGAAUAAUAAUGUACAAUAAUACGAAUCCGCUAAACGUGUGUGGGCCGCUGUCCAGGCCCAGUAGUCGGCAGACCGGGGGGUCGGAGUCCAUAUACUCCAUCAUUGUAAGAAACUAUUUUGAAAUGAAUGAGAAAUUGUUUCCCGAAAGAUAAGCGUGGAAAUAUAUCUCACGCGCAAACACCGCCGUUGUCGUCUAGUCGACCGGGUCGGGUUUCGGGUUCGGUUCUUGAUCCGCCCCGUCCACACAUGGCUUAGAGAUAGAUUCCUAUUUUUGGCUUCUCUAUUUUUCGAAUAAACUCUUGGCUUAAUAGACAUGACUAUUCUUUUUUAAAGAAAGAUCACGAGCUUUAAUUUCUUUAAUUAGGUGUCUCUUGGUAUAGAGUCUCCUAGCCAGAGAACUCUAUAAAUAUGUCUUCAUGCCUACGAACUUGGUAUCCGAAAAAAAUCCUCCUACCAUCUCCAUCUUGUUCCUUUGCUCCUCCAUUAAAAUGCUACAUCUUUGAGUUUGUUGGUGUCCUUCGGGAACGUAGAAACCGUUCUAUCCUAGGCGGAGAUUACUACUUGCGUUGUGGGCAAAUUCGUCUCAAGGAGAUAACGAUUCGUUGGGCUCGGUUUCAUCCAAGUAUUUCUAUGUUCUUCUCUUUAUAUUUAAUCAAUGCAUACAUUUUUUAUGAAUUUGGGAUAACAGGAAGAAUGAAAAUCACGCCCGAGACAUGGAGAAGACUUUUGGAAUUAUGGAGACUGCCAACAUGAGACUCAACCCUCAUGUGUUUGCAAUCAAGGGGGCAAGUUCUUGAUAUACAUGAAGAGAGAGCAAGGGAUAGAGCCCACUUCAGAGAAAGUAAAGGUUUUCAACAAAAUGCAAGAGCCCUUGAAUUUGAAGGAGGUACAAAAACUAACUAGCCUCAAACACUUCGUGUCAAAAAUGAUGGAUCAAGCCAUUCUUUUCUUUAAGCUCAUGAAAAGCCCAUCCCAUUUGAGUGGACCAACGCGCGUGAGGUUGCAUUCGAGGAUUUGAAUGAAAUCAGCAAUAUCACCCUGAUCUGCCUCAAAGAGACAAAUAGGAAUCAGAUUCUAUUUACUACUCCCUCCGUAACUUAAAAAUCUUCUCACUUUCUUUUUUCGUCCGUAACACAAAAAUCUUCCCAUUUCUAAAUCUUCCCAUCAUACCCUCAAUAAUUCUUAAAAUAAUACACUAUUACAACUACUUUUUUUGGAUUUAUCCUACAUUCCACCACAUUAUUCCACUAUUUUCCCAUCAUACCCUCAAUAAUUCAUAUCAUCUUUCACUAUUCUUAAUCUACCUACUUUUGAAAUGGGAAGAUUCUAAAGUUACGAAGAGAGUAUGUUAGAAAGGCACUGAAUUAGUCGGAAAUGACUGACCGCCACCAUCAAGAAAUUGACUCUUAUCUCCAAACUAUUCCAUCACAACCCUACACAACUCAGCCCAUCGCUAUUAUCUUUUGUGAUUGUAUGGCGAAUUGGAGAAAUAAUUUGUCACAUACACAUGAGUUUUAGAUGACAAUAUCUAGAACUUUUCGUUAUUUUUUAAAAACGAUGAAUGAAGUAGAUUGAUUCAGAUUAAAUUGAAUAAGGGCUGAAAUGAUAAAUUACUCUCUCCGUCCCACUAACAAUGGGACAAGAGAGAAUGACACACAAAUCUAUAAAAAGCGGUUUAUGUGAUUGAUAUUGAAUUGAUAAAGUAAGAAUAUAGUAAGAAUGAUUAGAACCACCCAAACUUUACCAAAGAGUUAAGGUUCAGAUUGGUACUCGAAGUUGCAUAAAAAGGGUCAAAUAAGUUUCCGGUGGAAUUUUUAGAUGAAAUAUUUUGAGAAUCUUAUUCAUUAAGUCUAGUUUACUCAUGCCAAAUUUCAGCUAAAAAUUCA